UAUUUCAGGCUUUCACAUAAUACAGUGGAUGUAUGGCUGUGAGCUACGGAAAGACGGGAGCAAAGGAGGGUUUGAGCAGUAUGGCUACGAAGGGAAGACUUUCAUCACCUUCGACAAGGAGACCCGCACUUGGGUGGCUCCUGUCCCCCAGGCCCAGAUCAGCAAGAGGAAACGGGAUGCUGAUCAAGGAUUGAAUCAGAGAAGGAAAGACUACCUGGAGGAAAUCUGCAUUGAAUGGCUGGAGAAGUACCUGUCCUAUGGGAAUGAGACGCUGCUGAGGACAGGUGAGCAUCUGGAUCCAGGCUGGACUUUCCUCCUUUAUGGCCGGAUUUCUCUGACACAUUCAGCCCCUUUGGGUCCCUUGUCUGGAGCCUGUUUGCCCUGGUGGGAAUCCUCCUCCUCCCCUUCCAGCCCCUCUUGCAGGACACGGGAAGCCCCGUUUGGUUCCCAUUGCCAGGCAGCCAUUCAGUGGACCAGGAAAUGCAGCCUCUCCCUGGCAGGAAAAGCCCUUCAGGGUGUCCUGUUCACUGCCCACCAUGAGGCAACCAUUUGGGGCUAUUCAGGGAAACCCCCAUUAGCCAAACGGUAG